CUCUAAACUGUCCCUCGCAUCUUGUAGAAGCAUCAAUUCUAUCCUUCUCUGUCCUCUCUUCCACACGGCAGAAAGUACACACUUGAAGUUUAAUCUCAGAUACAAGAGAUACGAGGGAUGAGAGCUGGAGCGCAGCCGCACAGAAGCGAGGGUGGAACGUCGCCGACGGGGUCGAACCGGUCCAGAACAACUAGGAGCUUUUAAGCUAUUUCCCUGGAAGGGUGGAUUUAAUCAACGUGGAUCACUGAAAAGCUUGCACUGAGUUUGAACAGUACUCGCCGCUUGUUUUUAAACUUUCGGGAAAAGGGUGAAUAUCAGAAAGCUAACGGAAAAGGGUUGGGAAAAGGAGUGCAGUCGGAACACUGGCUACGGGCUUCUACCAGUUUUGGGAUGUAGCCAGUUGAAUCGGAAUGCGUUGCAUUUUUGAGGACAAGGUUUUUAGUAUAACUGUCGACACGGGUGCAGUUAAAUAGGCUACACGGGACAAAAGGAGUGCAUUUAAACCGAGAUUAUGACACUAAUGGGACAUUAAUAUUUUGCAUCAGAACAAGUAAUUACAUCGCUUCAUGUGAACAGUUCGAGCAGAGAAUACUUCGUCAACAUGGACACAUUACGGAUUGCAAUGCGAGACGCGUCUCUGGUUCAUUCAAUGCUUCUUUUGACUUUUCUUUGGAAAGAGUCAGAGUGUCGAGGUGGUGGAGACACCCAGCCAAGGUUCUCCUCCUCUCUGCCCACCUACUUUCCUGUCUCCUGCCAGCUGCAGGGCGCCGACUCCUCCUUUUUCCUCCGGGAGGCAGGACAGGAAGUGAUGCGUAAUGGCAGCCUGCAGACGCGCACCGAGCCCUUCUUCCUCCACCAACCAGAGGCGGGCGCCGUCCCCCUGCCAUCCGUCAACUGUAGCUACGGCAACCUGACGGCUGAGGCCCCCGUGCCGCUAGAGCUGCUCCAGGGGUCCCCGCGCCUCCUUGGCCCCUCCCCCACCCACAUCACCCUCAACUGGAAGGUGCGUGCCCAUGUGGUGAGCCGCAGGGUGGGCUCAGCACGCCCCCUCGUCCAGGUGCUGUUCUACCUGGCUGGCCGCCGCUGGGACGAGGCAGCCCCCCUUCCGGAGCAUCUGCCCUGUGUGCGGAUUAUAGCGGUGCGGGAGCCCAGCGAAGCCUCCCCAUCGGCGGGCUGCAGGUUGAAUGAGGUUGGGGGUGGCGUGGGGAUCUGUGUGGCCCGCUUGGAGCUGCCUGCUGGCUGGUUCACCCCGUCACCAGGACGGAAGAGGCUCCCGGAUACGGCCCUGACCGGAGUGGAGCUGUACUACUCUGUACAGCCCCUAGAGGGUGAGAGCGAGGAGUGCACAGCCAGCAAGGAGCAAUGGAGAGGGCAGAGUGGAGCAGGGGGUGACAUGCAGAGUGCUGGGCCCGUGGGUCUGGUGGUGGGGCCAGCGAGGCCCAGGGGGGAGAGGCUGAGACUGGAUGACAAUGUGGAAAUCCUGGUGCCUCCCAGCCCUAUCAGACUGGGACAGAUGGUGGGCUUCGGGAUCAGCAUGAGUUCUGUCUCUAGUUUGGAGCAGUUCACUCUCAGAGCCCUGUUCAGACAAGGAGUCAACUUUGUGUCAGUGAAGCCCAGCAACGUGGCUUCCGCCUGGGAGAUCAAACAGGAAACGCUACCCGGAAGUCCCUCUUUAUCCGUGUUCUGCCAGAGGAAGGCCAGCUCUACAGGGGAAAGGUUGGAGGGCUCCUUUUACGAGGUGAUGCAGGUGGAGUUUGAGAUGGACAACAUCAUCAACCUACAGUCUACCCAGACCAUCCGGUGGCAGAUCGAGUAUCCCUCCACAGGCACACAGGCAGAGGCCGUCUCCCACCUCUACAUCAGCCAGAGAGACAUCCAGGGCAUCGUACCCCUGGCCGAGGACACAGAGAUCGUGAACACGGCCAUCCUAACAGGCAGGCGUGUUGCAGUGCCGGUGAAGGUGGUCACUGUGGAGUGGGACGGUACUGUGAGGGAAGUGGACGAUACGGUCGGCUGUACGUCCACUGACGAGGACGUGGUCAAGGUGUCUCCUGGCUGUGAUACAGUGCUUGUGAAUGGGAAGGAGAUGCGGGGUAGACAGUCUCUGAUGGUCAACUUCACCUACCUGUACCUGAGCACCCAGCUGGAGCUGACUGUGUGGGUUCCUCGUCUGCCGCUGCAGAUGGACGUGUCUGACACGGAACUCAGUCAGGUCAAGGGAUGGCGGGUGCCCAUCUUUUCCAACAAGAGGCCCACCCGCGACAGUGAGGAUGACGAGGAUGAUGAGAGGAAGGGCAAAGGCUGCACGCUACAGUACCAGUAUGCCCUGGUGAGGGUGCUCACCCACUUUGUGGCGGAGCCAGCAGCCCCUGGCGGGGAGCUAGUCUACAUGCUGGGGGUGGACUGGCAGGCAGACAUCACAGACCUGGUUCUGGACUACCUGAAGGUGGAAGACCCACGCAUUGCCCGACUGCUGGAGGGACGCGUCCUGAUGGGCAAGGACAUGGGCAUCACCACCAUCCAGGUCCUGUCCCCUUUGUCCGACUCUAUCCUGGCAGAGAAGACCUUGACGGUGAAGGACGACAAGGUGACCAUCACAGACCUGGGGGUCCAGCUGGUAGCCUCUAUAACCAUGACCAUGCAGUCAGGGAGCAACCAGGCCAUCGCACUGACCACUACCGCCCAGGACCUGCUGCACAGCCCCAAACAGGAAGCUGUCAUCAGCGCCUGGAUCCAGUACAGUGAUGGUUCUGUAACACCCCUCGACAUCUACGACCCCAGAGACUUCACGCUGAGCGCCACCUCCCUGGAUGAGGCGGUGGUGUCCACCUACCAGGAGCAGCCACUGCGCUGGCCCGUAGUGGUGGCCGAGGGUGAGGGCCAGGGACCGCUGGUCCGAGUGGAGAUGGUUAUCUCCGAGACCUGCCAGAAGUCUAAGAGGAAGAGUGUCCUGGGUAUGGGUGUGGGCAGCGUCAGGGUCAAGUUUGGCCAGAACGACGUGGAGCUGAGGGGCAUGGGCCAGGAUGAGGAAGAGGGCGGGCUGGAUAACAGCACCAGCGACCAGAGACAGAAGGGUCUGGAGGGAGACAAGGCUGGAUCGGACAGCUGGAAGCACACCAACGCUGCUUCAGACCGUGAGGAGGGCGCCAUGAGGAAGACUAGCACCACCACUAAGACCGCUGUCACCCACCGGGCUGGAGGCAACAAGCGGGGGACAGGUGGCCAGAACGCUCCCGUGGACUACACCAGCUUCCCUGCCCAGGUGGACGUACCUGGGGGCGCGGAGAGCGACCUGUCUCAGACCCCCCGGGGUUUAUCCGACCUGGAGAUCGGCAUGUACGCCCUGCUGGGGGUCUUCUGCCUGGCCAUCCUGGUGUUCCUCAUCAACUGUGUGAGCUUUGCCUUCCGCUACCGUCACAAGCAGCUGCCCGCGCUGGAGCAAGGCAACAUGAACCACGCCCACGACUGGGUGUGGCUGGGCAACGAGGCUGACCUGCUGGAACACCACAGUGACCAGCGCCAGUCGCCGCACCAGGACGAGUGCACCACCAUCAUUGAUCGGAGUGAGGGCUACGAGGAGAGCAAGUAUCUGCUCAACGGAGGGGGUAAUGUGGAGGUGCAGAGGACCUCCACCCACGGCCAGACCCUCCCCCGCUCCCUCUCGGAGCCCCGGCAGUGCGCUGGCAAGGACCCGGCAGGCAAGGCCGAGCCUCUCAACAACUCCCCCAGCGCUGCCAAGCGCAAGCGGGUUAAGUUCACCUCCUUCGCCACAGUGCUGCCUGACGAUGGGGGGCCCUACACUAACUCCAUCCUCAUUGGCAACGAGGACGACAUCAAGUGGGUGUGCCAGGACAUGGACCUGGGUCCAUCGGCAGAGAUCAGAACCUACAUGGAGAGGCUACAAGACAAUCUGUGAGAGAGAGAGAGAGAGAGAGAGAGAGAGAGAGAGAGAGAGAGAGAGAGAGAGAGAGAGAGAGAGAGAGAGAGAGAGAGAGAGAGAGAGAGAGAGAGAGAGAGAGAGAGAGAGAACUUAUCAGAGAGAAAGAGAGAGAGAUGGACAGAGCUAGAACGCAUCAGACAGAGAGGAACAUGAUUAAAACUCACCUAUAAUGCCUUUGGUCUGGAGGAUUGAGAUGAUAGGACAUUGGAAGGUGUUUGAGAGGAUGAUGGAUGUGAGAGAAUAGAGGUGGGUAGAGAGAAGAGAGAGGUGGGUAGGACAGAAGGUGACCAGGAAGAGAGAACAGAGGGUGGGUAGAGAGAAGGACAGGGGAUAGGACAGAAGGUGACCAGGAAGAGAGAACAGAGGGUGGGUAGAGAGAAGGACAGGGGAUAGGACAGAAGGUGACCAGGAAGAGAGGACAGAGGGUGGGUAGAGAGAAGGACAGGGGAUUGGAGAGAAGGUGACCAGGAAGAGAGGACAGAGGGUGGGUAGAGAGAAGGACAGGGGAUAGGAGAGAAGGUGACCAGGAAGAGAGGACAGAGGGUGGGUAGAGAGAAGGACAGGGGAUAGGACAGAAGGUGACCAGGAAGAGAGGACAGAGGGUGGGUAGAGAGAAGGACAGGGGAUAGGAGAGAAGGUGACCAGGAAGAGAGGACAGAGGGUGGGUAGAGAGAAGGACAGGGGAUUGGAGAGAAGGUGACCAGGAAGAGAGAACAGAGGGUGGGUAGAGAGAAGGACAGGGGAUAGGAGAGAAGGUGACCAGGAAGAGAGAACAGAGGGUGGGUAGAGAGAAGGACAGAGGAUUGGAGAGAAGGUGACCAGGAAGAGAGAACAGAGGGUGGGUAGAGAGAAGGACAGGGGAUAGGACAGAAGGUGACCAGGAAGAGAGGACAGAGGGUGGGUAGAGAGAAGGACAGAGGAUUGGAGAGAAGGUGACCAGGAAGAGAGAACAGAGGGUGGGUAGAGAGAAGGACAGGGGAUAGGACAGAAGGUGACCAGGAAGAGAGAACAGAGGGUGGGUAGAGAGAAGGACAGGGGAUAGGACAGAAGGUGACCAGGAAGAGAGGACAGAGGGUGGGUAGAGAGAAGGACAGGGGAUAGGAGAGAAGGUGACCAGGAAGAGAGAACAGAGGGUGGGUAGAGAGAAGGACAGGGGAUUGGAGAGAAGGUGACCAGGAAGAGAGAACAGAGGGUGGGUAGAGAGAAGGACAGGGGAUUGGAGAGAAGGUGACCAGGAAGAGAGGACAGAGGGUGGGUAGAGAAAUAAUAGAACGAAGAAAGAGGAGAGGGUUGCAAAUGGUUCUAGACAGUAAAGCUAGAGAGUGAAGAUAUAUGGGCAGUGUAAAUUCACAGAGAACAUUAGCUCUGAGGACAUAUUGAACAAAUAUGUGGUCAGACAGCAGUGCAAAUGAACACACAUGAACUACAGAGUCACAUAGAAUAGCCUACAACGUAAGUGAUUCCGGAGUCAGAAAUUGAUUUAUUUCAUUGUAAUCGUCUUUAUAUAUUUAUAACAACAUUCGUUUCGGUCUGAAGUAAUACAGAUACAAAUUAUAUUAUGUAUUGUGAAAUUGUUUUGCCUCACAGACAUGGCAAUUAAACCUCGCAUAAUGGCAAUUUAGAAUAUAAUUGUCAUAUUUCAGAAAAUAAACAUGACAUAUGAUGGCAUACUAGUCUUACACAACAGCCUGUGCUGUCAAUACUCUCAAUUCUCAAUUGCGAGGAGAUAAUGUAAAGGUCAUUUUUUGAACUGUGAAUUUCUUUUCUCUUUCUUUUCUCUUUGGAAUAUGUCCUCCUACUCAGAGUAAAUGCACCACAACACAGUACUCUCUGGCCCUAACCCUUGAACCCUGAAGUUGUCAUCAUCAGAGCGCAACCUGUGUGAAACAAUCUUUUUUAACUAUGUCACAACAACAACAUGUAUAAGAAGCCAAGUGUAGAUGGUGUUAUUUAGACAGUGUGAGGACAACUCUGUGGUUUCCCAAACAACACAUUGUUCUGGAAUUCUGAGUUCUAAUAGGAGAGUCUUGGAAAGAAAUGUUAUUCCAAGACUCCAAGACAAAGGUAUUCACUUGCACAAUGGACAGAAACUGAAAGUAGCCAAUGGAGGUUGUUCUCCUGUUAGUCUAAACUAGCCUGACCCUGGCCUUUUCACCUUGUAUCUGGACAGGAAUGCAAAGACUGCACAACAGGCCUGGGACCUCCACAGAGCAAGCCAGGGCUUUCCAAACCCUGGAUGUGUAUGUACUACUGAGGAUGGGAUCUAAUGUAAACAAUGUCCUGUAGGACUACAAAGACCAGAGACUCUGUGGUGUUCAGUACACUACAGAACCCUAACAGGACCUGCGACAGUGGAGUGGCACGUCCGUCAGAGUAUGUUGUUGUGUUUUCCCCCCAUACAUUUUUGUCAGGCUGUGCAUUUAUGAACAUUGGAACAUUAACCGACCCCACCCCCAUGUUUCUUCCUCUUUUGACAGAUUCUUAUGUUUGAUUUUGAAAGAUGUGAAAGAUCUGUCGUUCCCUUCCCCCGUUGUUUAAUUUAUUUGAUGGUCAGCAAGGGUGCGGAGAGUGAGAGAGGAACAUCAGCUCUCAGUCAGCUCAGUGAGAGAGGAGCAUCAGCUCAGUGAGAGAGGAGCAUCAGCUCAGUGAGAGAGGAGCAUCAGCUCAGUGAGAGAGGAGCAUCAGCUCAGUGAGAGAGGAGCAUCAGCUCAGUGAGAGAGGAGCAUCAGCUCAGUGAGAGAGGAGCAUCAGCUCAGUGAGAGAGGAACAUCAGCUCUCAGUCAGCUCAGUGAGAGAGGAACAUCAGCUCAGUGAGAGUUUAACAUCAGCUCAGUGAGAGAGGAACAUCAGCUCUGUCAGCUCAGUGAGAGAGGAACAUCAGCUCAGUGAGAGAGGAGCAUCAGCUCAGUGAGAGAGGAACAUCAGCUCAGUGAGAGAGGAGCAUCAGCUCUCAGUCAGCUCAGUGAGAGAGGAGCAUCAGCUCAGUGAGAGAGGAACAUCAGCUCAGUGAGAGAGGAACAUCAGCUCUCAGUCAGCUCAGUGAGAGAGGAACAUCAGCUCUCAGUCAGCUCAGUGAGAGAAGAACAUCAGCUCAGUGAGAGAGGAGCAUCAGCUCAGUGAGAGAGGAACAUCAGCUCUCAUUCAGCUCAGUGAGAGAGGAACAUCAGCUCAGUGAUAGAGGAACAUCAGCGCUCAGUCAGCUCAGUGAGAGAGGAACAUCAGCUCAGUGAGAGAGGAACAUCAGCUCUCAGUCAGCUCAGUGAGAUAGGAACAUCAGCUCUCAGUCAGCUCAGGUGAACACUCACACAGAGGGAACAGUGGAAGUGCAUUGUAGAUUGUAAGAUUGCAAUAUUUAUACAUAAAUGUAUUACAGAGAAGUUGGUGUAAAUAAAAUGUUUCAGAGUGCUAGUUGAUAAGAGCAGGUCACUAGCCAACAUGAGGAUUUUGGUACAUUUUACAGUGCAAAGGGAGGUAUGUUAUACACAGUAUAUCUGCCAUUGCCGUGUGAAAGUGUUUAUUUUUUAUUUUCAUGGUUCUUUAUGGUUCGUUUCAAGAUGUUGAAUCUAAGUGCUUGUAUUUGUACAGGGUAGGAAUUGGUUUGCCUCUCCAUUCAGAUAAAAGUGGUGGCAAAUCUUUCACACCAAGUCCAGAGCUCAUACUUACAGGGGUGGACAACUCCAGUCCUCGAGGGCCUGAUUGUCACACUUUUUCUCCAUCCCUACCAAACACAGCUGAUUAAUCACAUUACAUUCUAAACUGAAGAUUGUGAUUAGGUGAUUAUUGGAGUCAGGUGUGUUAGCUGGGGCUGGGGCAAAACUGUGACACCAAUCAGGCCCUGGAGGACUGGAGUUGUCCACCCCUGUUAAACAUAGAGAGUAGAACAUAGACACACGAAUGGAAUCAGAUUCCAGCGACGAGAACUGCGUAGAGACAAUUAUGUGCGACUGACCACGACGUGCAGUUAACUCGUUGACCACAAUGAUCCAAGACUUGAAUGGAUUUCAAACUGUAACUGUAAGUUCAGGAACAGAUCUCCUCACAGACCCUCAAGGCGUCCACCAAAGCAAUAGGACAUGGAAACUGAAGAUGAUAAUCAAUGGAAUCCUCUUUUAGUACACCUCAAAACACAAUAACAGAUGUAAAGUCUGGGCUCGUUUCAUCAAGCAUCAGAACAGUAGUACGAACACAUUUUGUUUUGUGGUUUUGCAAUGCAAUCAAAACCUACCAUUUUGUUUCCAUUGUAGUAAAGUAAAAGUACUUGGUAAGUAGAUCAAGUGUUUCCCUGAGCAGUGAAGAAUGGGACUGAAAAGCAAUAUAUCCUGCUGAGCCUCUGGAGUUUCUACUCAAGUCCCGUCAUUGUUUUCUCUGAACAGAACUUAAAGUGAAGCAAACAUACUUCCUAAUAUGGAUGCCGUACAUUGUGUUGAGUGAACCAUAGAUGUUAGUCCAUUUCUGAUCUCCUUUCUUUUCAUUUUUCCGUAUGUUUUUUCUUCUUCACAGUUAUGUUUUAAAAUGCAAGGGUUUUGUGGACGUGGACAAUAAAGAGAUCUAUGUAUAUAAAAGCCUUGAAAUGUU